GCUUGUCCUGCUUCCUGCCCCCUGCCCACACCCUCCACACCUGCCCACACACCUCCCCCAGCCCCCACACACCUGUCAGGCACUCAAAAAGCCCUGGAAAUGGGAUAAAAGACGUGAAAUAGGGAGAACCAGGGUGCAGGGGACGGGGGACAGACCACCUUGAUUCAUGGACUGCCAAAUUCUCGUUAUGAUGGCCAUUUUCUCCCACACCUUCUGAUUGAUUGGCCACUUUACCUGUGUCACGGGCCAGCUGGGGGUUAUUAAGAGCCGUGUGAGGUGUAUUUAGCGGUGAAAUAACGCUAAUUAAGCCCAUGUGGAGGAGGAGACAGACACCGGGCUCUGUUGACACUGGGGUGAUUUGUCCCUAAUAACAAUCUCAUUUAUCACGGAAAUUGCCGGAUAAUGCCGUGUUCUGAGGGCUUGUGAGUGCCUCCCCGCCGUGUGUCUGCCCAUGUGGCCCCCCAGCAUGCCGCAGUGAGGUGGAAAUACAGUGAAAUAACGGUGAAAUGAGGUAACAUAUGAGGGCGUGCAGUCGUGAGUGGGAGGGGUGAGUGAGUGUGGUCCAGCGAGGGAUGCCGGGGAGAUGAGGCACCACCCCCCACCCCCAUUCUGAUGAAGAGAAGAAGCAGGCGGAGACACAGAAUGGAAGACUGUCAGGUUACGCAAGUUACCCCGAACCCCGAGGAGGAGAAAGAAAAUGAAAAUGAAGAAGAAAAAGAAGAGGAAAAGGAGAAGGAAGAAGAAGAAGGAAGAGGAGGAGAAGAAGAGGAAAAUGACGAUGAAGGAGAGGGAGAAAGUGGAGUGGAUGAAGAAGGAGGUGGAGAGGAUGAUGGUGGUGGUUGUGGUGUGGAGGAAACUGUGGAAGCUGUCACCCCCUCCACUACCACUGCUGUAACUCCUGCUUCUCCUCCUCCUCCUACUACUCCUACUACUACUUCUGCUGCUGCUACUGAUACUGCUGAUACUGCUGCUACCACACCUACCACAUCUACCACAUCUACUACUACUACUACUUCCAUUCCUGUUGCUUUGUCUACUGCAACUACUACUACUACCACUACUACUCCUACUACUACUCCUACUACUAUUACUACCACUGCUACUGUUCUUUCUCCACCUCCUCCACUUCUCCCUCUAUCCAUGGUGAAUCUUCCACAUGCAUCAUCAUCACCACCCCCAUCAUCACCACCACCACCACCAUCAACACCACCACCACCAGAAUCAUCAUCACUGCCACCAUCAUCACCACUGCCACCACCACAAUCACCAACUCCACCACAAUCACCACAAAUGGUAGUAGAGUCAUCACCAUCAUCACCACCACCACUACCAUCACUCCAACCCAUUUCAUCACCACCACAAUCACCACAACCACCACCACCUCAGUCUUCUGCGUCGCCAUCACCACCACCAGUACAAUCACCACCACCAUCACCACCACCACCCACCAACACCACCAGUACCUCACCCCCACCACCACAGUCACCGUCUCCACCACCCACCACCACCUCCACCUCCACCCAGUCCUUGCCGGCUGGUGUGUCGCAGGAGGUGGUGGUGGCACAGUUGAACCAGUUGCAGCAGACGGUGGUGUCCCAUAUCCUGCAGUACCAAGCAGGUGUCAUUGCACAGUUUCAGCAGAUACAACAGCAAAUGUUAUCUCAGCUCGGCGGCAGCAGCAGCGCGACAACCACCACCACCACCACUACCACCACAACACAGUCUGAAAGCUCCACCACCACCGCCACCACCAUGUCCUCCAUCAAUGCAGCAACACCGACCGCCACCAUCAUCCCAAGCUCUUCCCCGGCCUCCAGUGCCAUCACCACAACACCGCUGCGGACACCGUCACUAUCCGACAGGGUGAUGAGGAAGAGGAGAGCGCCAGCCAUGAUCAAAGAAGACCCACCACAGAAAGAGAUACACAUCAAGCGCAAGAGGACGGCCUUUAACGAGAAGCAGUAUAAAGUCCUGGAGACCACCUUCGAGCACAACAACUUCCCUGAGCCCAUUGACCAGCACUGCAUUGCCCUGCGCAUCAAGACGCCUUACCGCAGCAUCAAGAUGUGGUUCCAAAACAGGCGGGCCAGCGUCAGGAAGAGGCUCACCCCCCAGGAGAAGGGCAUCUCUAACCAGGACAACCGACCAGUCAAGAAUGCCAGUGACCCAGAAGCCCGAUGGUACUGCUCCCUCUGCCCUUCCACCUUCAUCGCCAAGAAGUUCCUGGACAGCCACAAGGAGGCCCACAAGAUGGAGACGCUGCACUGCCCGGACUGCCACAUGGGCUUCACGCACAAGGUGUUGCUGGACACUCACCGCAUCUCCAAGUGCUCCUCCAAGACCGGCAUCGACCUCACGCACCUCAAGGACGAGGGCAUCGACGGUGAGACGCUGCAGCCGCUGCCUCAACAGCUGCGCAGGUCACCCCGGGUCAAGGAGGAGGUCAAGGCCGCCUCCACACCACCACCACCACAGCAGCAGCCUUCACCCGCAGCAGCUGUGGUGUCCCCGGGCCUCUCCCUGCAGGCCGGGCUGCCCCUGUUACUCCUGCAGAAGCUACAGAAGCAGAGGGAGGAGCAGGAGACAGCUGCAGCAGGCACCUCAUCACCUACUGCACAGCCUAACCCACUCCUCCUGCAGCAGCAGCAGAGACUGAUGCAGCAGCUGCUUCUGGCACAGCUGCAGCAGGCCAAGGAGCUGAAGCAGGGAGUGACGGUGAAGCUGGAGCAGCAGCAGGAGGAGGAGGAAGAAGAGGAAGCACAGCAGGAGGAGGAGGAAGGGAGGAAGGAGGAGCCGAGUGACGCAGUGCUUAGGAGGAUCAAGGAGGAGAUCUUCAUCAAGGAGGAGAGGCAGGAGAUGGACCAGGUGGAGGAGGAGGUGGAGACAAUGGACACUGGAGGAGGAGGAGGAGGAGGGGAGGGAAAAGCAGAGGAAUGCCCUUACUCUCCUUCCUCCUCCUCCUCCUCCACCACCACUACCAUCACUUCCACCACCACCACCACCAGCACCACCACCGCCACUCCCAUCCUCAACACCAUCACCUACUCGGAGCAGCUCAAGCAGACACUCCAGCAGAAAAUACAGCAGAUCCAGCAGAACCAGCUACACCUCAAGCUGCAGCAGAUACAGCAGAAGCAGAAGGAGCUCUUGGAACAGCAGGAACAGGGGGCAACCAGCAGCAUGGAGGAGACAACCAAACCAACCAUCACUCUGGGCGCCCUUCCUAUCCUCCCCCUUCAGUCAAGUUCAAGUUCGAGUGCCAGCCAGGAGACACCGAGGAUACGGGUGAAGGAGGAGCUGCAGGACCCACUCAACGCAUCCUCCAAGGAACCCCAAACCCUGCAGGACCAGAUCAGCUCCAUCCUCAAGAACCACGGCCUCAAGUCACCCUGGAGAACGAGCGCCACCAUCAAGGGUGAGCCACAGGGGGAGGAGGGGGAGAGGGGGCCACAGCAGGAGAGGGAGUCCAUGCAGGAGCAGAUCCAAGCUAUCCUGAGGCACCAGCAGGAGCAGCGGCGCAAGAUGGAGAAGACGGGUGAGGAUGAAGGGUCCGAGGAGACAGCCAUCAACAGCAUCAAGCGUUGCCGUCGCCGCACCACAGUCUUCAAUGAGGUGCAGCUGCGGACGCUCUACCUCCACUUCACGCACUGCAACUUCCCCGACCCCUCCAUGUUCAAGAUCAUCGGCAACCUGACCAAGCUGGAGCCGCAGGUCAUCAAGAUUUGGUUCCAGAAUGAGAGGUCGAGGCAGCGGAAAAGGGCGGCGCACUUCCUCGAUGAAGUCAACUCCAAGGAGAAGCCUUACAAGUGCCGUGACUGUGGCAUGUCCUUCGCCAUGCUGACCUUCCUGGUGAAGCACAGCAUGCGGCACAGCGGCGAGACUGACGCCGCUGCCGCUGCACGUGAGGGGGCCAUGCGCACCUGCCCGCUGUGCCUCCAGAAGUGGAACCGCGAGGUGUUUGCGCUGCACCUCAAAAGCCGCCACAACGUCAACUGGUCGCUGGUGGAGGAGCGCGCCGGUGGGUCACUGACCUGCCACCUGUGCUCGCAGCGCUUCCCCGACCAGGACAGCCUCAUGGUGCACAAGCACCGCCACCUGGACGAGGACCACGGCGUGCCGCCGCAGUGCAAGCAGUGCAAGACGACCUUCGUCAACGCGGUGUGCCUGGAGGCCCACAUGGAGACCCACAAGCAGCCCUGGACCUUCCGCUGCACCCUGUGCGACGCCGCCUUCCCCGACAAGGUGCUGCUGGCCUCCCACCACAUGGGCCACGGCAUGCCCCUGGCUGUGGUCAGCACCCUGGACCGCUCCCGCAGCCAGCUGCAGCACACCUCCAUCAGGAAGAUGCAGACCCGCUGCGCCCUCCCCGACCAGCCGGCCUCCCUGGCUUCCCCGCUGGCGGGUGCCUCAGACAACGAAGUGUCCUCCGAGCCUGAGUCUGGGGCCCAGGCCAGCCCUGCCACCACCCCCAAGGCAACCUCCCCCUCCUCCACCUCCACCACCACCACCACCACCACCACCUCCAGCCCAGAGGUGCCUGUGGUGUCGACAGCCACGGUGCUGCCAUCCUCGGCCAUCCUGGCCACACCCCAGGGGGUGGGCACCCUGCCCCUCACCCCGCCAUCCUCCUCAGGUCCAGUCAGCUUUGUCAAGCUCAUCCCCAUCCAGCUCAUCCCUGUCAACAGCUCAGCUGGGGGCCAGAAGAGCUCGGGGGCCACCACCACCUUCAUCUCCGUGCCGGUGUCCCUCAAGGGGGCGGGUGACUGCUCCACCACCACCGCCUCCGCCUCACCCAUCGUGAACUACCUGGUGGAGGCGCCGGCGGCCACAGUCAAGGCCGGCGAGGCGCUGCGGCGGCCCCGGGGCAAGGCGCUGCCCAACCUCAUCCCCAUCGGCGCCAGCCCCGGCCCCGCCACGCUGCCCCUCAAGGAGAAGAACACCAGCGAGCCCCGCAGCCCCCCGCCCUCCCUCAAGGGGCGCCUCGGCCUAAGGGACGGGCGGAACGGCCUCAACGCAGAGAACCGGGACAGGCUGGGUGACCAGUCAUCUCACGAGGCUGAGGGCCAAGGAACGGAGGCAGGGAAGGGAGCGGGGGAGACCUGGGCAUCCCAAGACACUCUUCCACUACCCCAGCAGCAGAUUGGCGGCAAGAAGAGGUAUGUCCCCAUCCUGCCCAUGAUCCCCCUGCUAGACACGCCCCCCCACUCCACGCCCCCCUCCACCACCACCACCACCACCACUACCACCACCCGCAGGCCCAGAGCAGCUGCCACCAAAAGGCCUUGGGUGGGCAGUGACUACAAAGGCUACAAACGGCGCCGCACCCCAACCUACUUCACGGGCAGCCAGAGGGACGUCUUGGAGGUCCACUUUGAGUACAACAACUUCCCUGAGCCGGUGGAGCAGUUUGCCAUCUCCACCCAGCUUGGCGUGGAGUACCCGGUGGUCAAGACUUGGUUCCAGAACACGCGGAAGAAUAUGCGGAGGCAGCUAAAGGAGGAAGGCAAGUUUGACCAGGAUGGGCCGUUCCACUGUCACAAGUGUAGUGUGGCGUUCAUCUGUCGCUCGGCUUUCGACUCUCAUUGCGAGCGUCACAAGGACAAGACCAGCUACUUCUGCGGCGAGUGCUGGAUGUACUUCAACCACCCGGCGGUCCUCAACACCCACCUCAUGAGCCACACGGGUAAAUUUGGGGACCGGAAAAAGAAGCCAUCAAAUUAUGAGGAAGAGGAAGAGGAGGAGGAGGAGGAAGAGGUUGGAGGCAGCCUGAUGGACGAGGAUGACGAGGAGGAGGAAGACGACGAUGAACAAGUGAAACGGAAGAUAGGAAGAGAGACACAGACAGCGGAAGAAGAAGAGGAGGAGGAGGAGGAGGAGGAAGACGAGGGGAAAAGAAAAAGAAAAAACAGCAAGGGGGUCAGCAUACAAACAGAUGACAACGAGGAAGAAGAUUCGGAUGUGGAUGUCGAGGGGGUUGACGACGGGGGUUCGAGAGGGACAUUCGAGGACGACCUUGAUGGCUGUCACCCGAUCCUUCAAGUGGAGUGCAUACUGGACGAACAGUCGGAGGAGGAGACAGAGAACGGAACCUCAAACAGCGGAACCGACUCCCCGGGACACAAAUGCCCGUCGUGUGAGGAGGGUUUCGCGUCGCUGAUCUCCCUCAAGGAACACAUGUCGCACCACUGCUCACAACGGCGGCUACGGAAGAGACAGCCGCCGUCCCCGCCAUCCGCCGCCUCCCCGACAUCACCCUCGGAUGCACGACGGGAGUUCUGCACAUCAAUCCGUUGCUUCGAGUGCCGUUCGCUGUUCCCCGACCGUCCCUCCUUCAUCCAGCACUUCUCCCUCAGCCGCUGCAGCUUGAAUAGACAGCGGAUUGAGUACACCGAGGAGGAGCAGAGCAUACUGGCGACGCACUACCGAGAGAACAAUUUCCCCAUGCCUGCCGAGAUGAGUCUGCUUGCGAAGAGGCUUGGGGUGCGGUACCGUCAAAUCAUGCACUGGUUCCAAAAUAGACGAAGCAAGGAUCGCAAGCAACAGAGGGAGAGUGAGUGUGUUUGGGAGAAGAGUCCGCCGGUGGAGUGUCUGGAGUGCAAGUCAACCUUCGUCACAGAGCGGAACCUGAGGAACCACCAGGAGGCCGUGCACGGGGUGGCGCGGGAGAGCCUGGCGCAGGAGUUUGUGUGCUCCGCGGCGGGCUGCGACGCUACCUUCACCAACGAGGACCUGCUGGUGACGCACAAACUGGCGCACCUGCCGGAGACUGAGGCUAAUGGGAUGGGCUCACAUCGCCUCACCAUCCUGGGACCGAAGCCGCAGUGGAAGAACUUCACCGUCACCGUCCUGGAGGCGCACUACAGCGACAACAACUUCCCCGAGCCCAUGGACAUCGGCUUCAUCGCUCGGAGGCUGGAGGUGGACCCGCUGCAUGUGCAUAUGUGGUUUAAGGAGCGGAGAAACCAGCACAUCCGCAAGCUUGAGGAGAGUGGGCGAGAGGUGAUGGAGGAGCACCUGGCCGUCAGCAGUCAGCGGGUGCUCAGCAAGACCUGCUUCACCUGCGACGCUGCGUUCAUCUGCCAGACCGACCUUGAUACUCACCUGGAGAUGCACAAAUCGUCUUGGGCUCAGAUGUGUACAAUGUGCGGACAAGAGUUCAGCAACAUCAUCGCCCUGGAGACUCACUGGAUCAGGCACGGCGUCAACUUCAUGGGUGAGGACGCGGCAGGAGGUGAGGGAGGGAAGGACACCACCACAGCCACCACCACCACCGCCACCACCAACACCACCUCCACCACCACCACCGACGCCACCACCACCCAGCCGCCCGCCCCGGAGAGAGCGGCCAAGGCAACGUUCACAGGCCUGCAGUUGAAGGUGCUGGACGGCCACUACCAGCAAAAUCACUUCCCUGGGACCACUGAAGUCUGGCUGGUGGCCAAGCGCUUGGGGCUGCGGCCGAGGCAGGUCACACACUGGUUCCAGAACAGGCGAGGGCGGGAGCGGCGCGCCCACAAGGUCACCGCCCCCGCCUCCCAUCCUUGCCUUUGGUGUGGGGCGGCCUUCAUCUCCCAGUUUGCCCUCCGCCACCACCGCCGGCAGCACCGCCUCGCCUCCUCCCACCACAUGUGUCCCCGCUGCCCUGCUGUCUUCCUGGCUGCCAUGCUCCUGGAGACUCACGCGCUAUACCACCAGGUGUUGCCCCGGGGCCGCCUCACCCCCCCGAACAGGCCCCCUGACUUCACCCGGGACCCUCUCGCUGUGGGGCAAGUCCGGCCAGGAGUCGUGCCCACCUCAACGGACUCCGAUGACUCCAGCAGCGAGCCUGAACUGAGCAUUGACCUCUCAGCCCAUACAGCACCUGAGGACGACCAGGGCGAGGGUCAGGGGGAUGAGCUUGACCCGGUGAAGGCCAUCCUACCCUCGGCACAGAGCGGCGUUCCUUCCUGGCACACCCCGCAGCCUGAUGUUGACGGGUCGGACCAAGAGAUGACCGAGAUGCCACACAGUGCUGAUGAAGAGGUGAUGGAUGAGGACCUGGAAGACCCUGAGCCUAACCAAACCUUCAGCCAUAAGGACAGACGUGGAGGGAAGGCAGCGGAGAAGGAGAAUGGUGGGAGAGAGGAGGCAAUGGAGGCUGAGGAGGGGAGGAGCCCGUCGAGAGAGCCAGCCGUGGGGGAGGAGGGGGAUCUGCGAGGGAUGGAGUUCACCUUGACGGAAGAGGAGGUGUCGGCGUCGCUGGAGAGGGAUGUGAUAUGCGAGCAGGUGUUCUUCGACGACCACUCGGACUCAGACUCGGAGGAGGAGGAGGAGCCACGCCUCAAGAUCGUGAGUGCCUACACCUUAGCUGCCCCUGAGAGUGAGCGAGCCACAAAGAGCCAGUGAGUGCCGGUACAGUGCCAAGCUGAAACUAGUGGACCUUGGCAGUGCUCUUGAGGCUGUGGAAAAGAUCUCACAAAUGCUGUUGAAUAAUGCUGAGAAGGGAGUGUUACAGAGAGCCAGUGAGUGCCGGUACAGUGCCACGCUGAAACUUGUGGGCCUUGACACUGCUCUAAAGGUGUUGAAGGUCAUAAGGAUGCUGUUAAUAAUGCUGAAAAGGGAGAGUUAGGGAGAGUGACAGUGUUAAUAAGUCCCACCCUAGACAAGCAACAUUCUAAUGGGACUUGAAAUUUCUCUAGAGGCUAUCCUGAAGCUUUUAAGAAUGUUAUGUGGUUACCAGCCAGUGCCACCUUCUCUAUACUUGACAUGCUGGAAAGGAGAGAGCUGUUUUGAGAGCCAUGUGAGGGCUAGGAGAGUGUUGGUUUUGUUAUUUAAAGUUCUGAAGUUAUUUACAGGUCUUAUUGAGGCUGUCUGUGGUGAUUGAAGCCAUCUGGAAGCUAUGUCAUCAAGGCUAUGUUACUGAAGGUGUUUGAAGCUAUUUGAAGCCUAACUAAGGUAUUGGAAGUUAUCUGGAAGCUUUGUAACUGAGGGUAUCUUGUUAAAGAGCGUUUGAAAGAGUUUGAAGCUGAUUGGAGUCUAACAGAAGUAUUGGAAGCUAUCUGAAAGCUGUAACUGAGGCUAUCCUAUUGAAGAGCAUUUAAUAGAGUUUGAAGCUAAGUGAAGCACAACUAAGGUAUUGAAAGCUGUCUACAAUCAUGGCUAUCCCGUUGAAAAGUCUUUGAUGUCUUAAAACUUGUUGAGGCUGUCUGUUAACUCCUACAAGGCUAUCCUAUUGAAGAGCAUUUGAUAGAGUUUGAAGCUAAGUGGAGCAUAACUAAGGUAUUGGAAGCUAUCUAGAAUCGAAAGUCUUUGAAGAUGUCUUAGAGCUUGUUGAGGCUGUCUGUUAACUCCUACAAGGCUAUCCUAUUGAAGAGCAUUUGAUAGUUUGAAGCUAAGUGGAGCAUAACUAAGGUAUUGGAAGCUAUCUAGAAUCUAAAGUCUGAAGAUGUCUUAGAGCUUGUUGAGGCUGUCUGUUAACUCUUACAAGGCUAUCCUAUUGAAGAGCAUUUGAUAGAGUUUGAAGCUAAGUGGAGCAUAACCAAGGUAUUGGAAGCUAUCUAGAAUCUAAAGUCUUUGAAGAUGUCUUAAAGCUUGUUGAGGCUGUCUGUUAACUCUUACAAGGCUAUCCUAUUGAAGAGCAUUUGAUAGAGUUUGAAGCUAAGUGGAGCAUAACUAAGGUAUUGGAAGCUAUCUAGAAUCUAAAGUCUUUGAAGAUGUCUUAGAGCUUGUUGAGGCUGUCUGUUAACUCCUACAAGGCUACCCUGAAAGUGUGUGAAUGAUAUCAGUCUGUUGAAAUGACGAAGAAACACCAUGAGAAAUUGGCCUAUAGUAACACCUUCAGAGAGCUAUUGUAAGCCCUGAGAGGUGUGUGAUCUUGUUACGAGAAGGAUGUGAGCUUGUUAUUGGGAUGUGAAAGUGUGUUAGAGGGUGUGAAGGGAGUGGUGAAAACUGUUAGAGCAUAAAAAUGGUAUCAAGUGCCACUCAAGACUGUUAGAAGGGGGAACAACUAAUGUAGACUGUUAUUGUUCUGUGAGGGACUGUUAGAGAAGGGGAAGGGUGUUGAGCUUGAGCAGGGUGUGAAAGGACUGGUUAAGAGGUUGUUAGAACAUGGGAAAGGAGUGAAGGGAUUUUGCCAGCCUCACACUCUUGAAAGUCUUGGACAGCACACAAUCUUUUUUAUCUGUUUUAGUGUUUUCUGAGAGCCUAAGAAGACGGGAGGGGUGCGAAGGGACUGGCAAAGACUGUUAAGUAAUUGGAAUGGUAAUGGUAUGGUUAAUAGAUCGUUUUGUAGCGUGUGGUGAGGCUCCGGCAAGAUUCUUUUCAUUUGUUCAAUUCUGCCAGCCUCCCGCCAUUGAAAGUCUUGUCGGAAAGCAACUGUUGAUUCAUUUUUCAUCCGUUCACUGUUCCGGCUGUUCGUGGCUGUGCAUAAACUCUUCUCUAAAUGGCUGUUGACGACUUGUUGGUUGGUUGCUUGUUGGGGGGACGCUUCACUUAGAGCUGUUAGUUAAAUAAAUGCUGUCGGAUAUCUCUUUCUAUUAGAGCUUUUAAUACGACGCUGGUGAUGGGAGGGAAAACAUAGAUCAUUACUAAGGAGGUAUAAGGUGUAUGUACAAUCUAUUCAGUGCCAUGGAUACCGAUAGAAGACAGGAAUAAAGACAGGAGAGUCGUGUACUAAUAGGGCCGAGGCGUUAGGUAGCAUAUGUCAAGUACGUAGGAAGUUGAUGCAGGAAUCUUGGGGCAUUAUCGGGUGAAACGUGAAAAUGUUAUGUAAGUGUGGGAGGCGGAAGCUUACGAGAAUCCUGACCAGUGUGCGAAGGUGGAGCGAAACAGUGGAAGGAACUCUUACUGCUAGAUCUUGAGGUGAUGGUGGUGUGGCUUAGAGGUUAUAAGGGAUUGACGCCACUGUGAUCGCAAAUGUGUAUAAACGAUUCGAAAGAGAGAAGGAAAUAUAGUCACAAAGCUUAUACAUAAAAAUGAUCUCACUUUGAUGUGUAUAAAAAGAAAAGAGAAAAAAGAAAUGUCAUAAACGAUUGGAAAGAGAGAAGGAAAUUUAGUCACAGAGCUUAUGCAGAAAAAUAAUCUCACUUUGAUGUGUAUAAAAAGAAAAGAGAAAAAAUAAAUAAGUCUGGUUAUAGAGAUUGGAAGUCCCUGUGAUUCUGGGUGUUUAUAUAAAAUGGAAAUUAAGAAGAAAAAAAAGAAGUUAAGUUACAGAGCUUGCGCGGAAAUGACGACUGCGAUCAUGAAUGUGUAUAAGAAAAUGAAAAAAAAAGAAAAUAGAAAAAAAUAUGAUUGUUAUAUAGAAAGAAUGCCGCUGUGAUCUCGGACGUGUUGAAGAAAAAAACGGAAAAACAAAAGAAAAUCGCAAGUCACAGUAUCUCCAUAUAAAAAAAAAUUAAAAAAGUAUGAUUGUUAUAUAGAAAAGAUGCCGCUGUGAUCUCGGACGUGUCGAAGAAAAAAAACAGCAAAAUAAAAGAAAAUCGCAAGUCGCAAUAUCUCCACACUAAGGAAAGGAGGGCUGACUAAAGUGUCGAAGCAACUGUUUGAACGAGUGCUUUCCAAACGACCAAAUAGUGAAUAAAGCUGAAGGGCAUAAGGGCUGGUCGUAGUGUUGGCGUCGUAGUUACUGACGUGUGGCGCCCUUUACGACGAGAAGGAAAAAUGGAAUAAAGUGCAGACAAGCUCGUUAUGUAUUGAGCAAAGGAAAAAAUGAAGGAAAUGAGUGACGGAGUUUUAAGACAGCAGAAACAAGGAAAGAAAAUAGUGCAGAAAGGCUCAUAAUGUACAGAGCAGAGAAAAAAAAAAUGGAGAAGAUGAAUGACCGAAUUUUAAGACGAAAGUGAAUUAUGAAAGAGAGACGAAAGAUUGAUUUCGUAAGAGGCUAAUAGGAAGGAAAUAGGGGAAAAAGAGAUGAUGUAAGAAACGGAUAUACGAGAGGAGAAAACGACAAAUAGACUCAAUAUAUAAAGAGCAAAGGAAGAAAAUUGAGAAAAUGAAUGACCGAAUUUUAAGACGAAACAGAAGAUUGAUUUCAUAAGAGGCUAAUAGGAAGGAAAUAGGGGAAAAAGAGAUGAUAUUAGAAACAGAUAUACGAGAGGAGAAAACGACAAAUAGACUCAAUACGUACAGAGCAAAGGAAGAAAAUGGAGAAAACAAACAGCCGAAUUUUAACACGAAACAGAAGAUUGAUUUCGUAAGAGGCUAAUAGGAAGGAAACAAGGGAAAAAAGAGAUGAUAUAAGAAACAGAUGUAUACAAGAGGAGAAAACGACGGAUAGACUCGACAUGUACAGACCCUAACUAAUACGAAAGGAGCAAAGGAUAAACAAACAGUGGACUUGAUCUACUUGACGCAACGACAGAUUACAGGAAAGAGAGACCAGAAGGAGUACAAAUCAGCACAUAACAAAUUAAGUCUUUCCUCCUCCUCCUCCUCCUCUUCCUCCACCCCCUCCACCUCCUCCACUUCCUCCAUCCCUUGACGCUCACAUGUGGCUGUUUUCUGGUGCAUGUGUGUGUGCGUUUCCAUAGCGGUAGUGUAUUUUAUGAAAGUACAUGCUCAGUUCACGUGGCUCACCGUUAUUGAACCCUGCGGAGAAGAGUUAGGUGUGUGGUAAUAAUGUUUGUGGUGGAAACUGUUUUUUGCUCAGGAACUGGGUAAUACUGGCCUGUGUGUGUGUGUGUGUGUGUGUGUGUGUGUAUAGCCCUUCUCCACUCUCAGCUCAAGGAAGGACAAAGUAAACUCCACCCAAUUAAGAAUCCGAAUGAAAAACAUGAUCGACUGUGCUGUUAACGUGUUCGCAAGUCUUAUUAUUUAUUUACCUUUUAUUUAUUUACGUAUACUCCGUCACUGUCAUUAUUCUUAACGUCAUUAUUUUCGUUGAUUUGGUUUGUGCUUAAGCGAGACUUCUUCCAUCUUUGAAUCUCUUAAGCCAUCUUGCUGCUCUUCCCUACCUCCUCACAUACUUCCAUCAGUCCCUCCUUCCCUCCCCCCCCUCAAUGGGUCACACAGGGUCACUACGGGCAUCACAGCAGUCGGGAAUGCUCUCCAAUUUGUACGCACCUUUCCAGUUAACUUUUCAUUCAUGCGCUUUUCCUUAAUUUUGUUUUUUUUAAUACGAGGUUAAGCAUUUGGUGAUUGUCUGUCGUUUUUCAAGUCUCAAUUUUGGUCACAAGUUAGACAAUUGGUGGUUGUCUGUUUCUGUCUGUUUUCUCAUUUUUGUCGUUUUUCAAGUCUCAUUUUUUGGUCACUAAGUUCGACAAUUGGUGGUCGUCUGUUUUUGUCCGUUUUCUCAUUUUUGUCUCGUUUUCCAAGUCUCAUUUUUGGUCACUAAGUUAGACAAUUGGUGGUCAUCUGUUUCUGUCUGUUUUCUCAUUUUUGUCUGUCGUUUUUCAAGUCUCAUUUUUGGUCACUAAGUUCGACAAUUGGUGGUCGUCUGUUUCUGUCUGUUUUCUCAUCUUUGUCGUUUUUCAAGUCUCUCAAUUUUGGUCACUAAGUUAGACAAUUGCUGGUCAUCUUCUUUUGUCUGUUUUCUCAUUUUUAUUACGAGGCGAGACUUUCAAUGAUUGUCCGUCCUCGUAAUGUCUGAUAACCAAGUACUGUCAAAAUGAAAAUCAACUGUUCUUUGGUAUUUACUGUCUUCUUCUUCUUCUUCUUCUUCUUCUUCUUCUUCUUCUUCUUCUUCUUCUUCAGCUUUUUCAUGUCUUUCAUAAUGGGUUGCUGUUCCUGCUACAUUGUCUCCUUUUACUCCAAUUAUUCAUGUUCUGUCUGAUUCUUUAAUGCAAUCUAUCCUUCUUCUUUUCUUCUUCUUUUCACACUGUCUUUCUUUUAUGCAAUCUAUCCAUCUUCUCCUUUUUCUUCUUUACACAAUCAUUCAUGUCCUGUCUGUUUCUUUUAUGCAACCUAUCCAUCUUUUAUGUAACCUAUCCAUCUUGUUCUUCUUUUCUUCUUCUUUUUUCUUUACACAAUCAUUCACAUCCUGUCUGUUUCUUUAAUGCAAUCUAUCCUUCUUCUUCUUCUUCUUCUUCUUCUUCUUCUUCUUUACACAAUCAUUCACAUCCUGUCUGUUUCUUUAAUGCAAUCUAUCCUUCUUCUUCUUCUUCUUCUUCUUCUUCUUCUUUACACAAUCAUUCACAUCCUGUCUGUUUCUUUAAUGCAAUCUAUCCUUCUUCUUCUUCUUCUUCUUCUUCUUCUUCUUCUUUACACAAUCAUUCACAUCCUGUCUGUUUCUGUUAUGCAAUUUAUCCAUCUUCUUCUUUAUGCACUCUAUCCAUCUCUAUAUCACCUCAUUUUUAUGGAAUAGCGUCCUAAUAAUUGGAAAGUUGCCUGCAAAAUGGUGUGUGUUCCCUGACAAAUGUAGUUACAAAUUCACAAAGGAAAUGAUCUCAAACUCGGGGCUUCGGGAAAGACACAAAAAAAAUUAUAAUUGCUAGGAAAAAUGUGUUAUUGCGUAGUGAAUGUAUAAGCUUCGGGUCUCAAGGAACAAGUUGCGUGUGGAUAGACUAUUUUUUUGUUUUCAUUUUUAUUUUUAUUAUUGUUACGUACUUCUUGGUGUAUAAUUUGUCUGUGUACAAGUGGGUCUUUCUUUACUUAUACUACUUAUCAAUUCCUCUCAGUGUUUGUGUGUUCGUGUGUGUGUUUACGUUUGCACUCUUUCAUUAGAUUGCUGGAUAAGUAGAGCAUAUCGUCACCCUCAUAAAAUAAUCGCCUAAGUAAUUUUUCAACUAUUUCCAGGUUUUUGUUUACAUCAAUUUUUCAUCAUGUGACGCCCAAUUUUGUAUAGUUGCCUUCGCCAUUCCGGGUUUGAGUGUUCCAGAAUUGACCUUUUAAUUUCUGCCUAAAUCUUAAGCCAAAUAAGAUAAUGAGAGUUCUUUUCUGAUUUCCUGUAAAGUAGAAAAUAAUGACUUAGGUGGUUUGUUUAUGAAGGUGACGAUAUCCUUUAUUAUUAUGUUUGAGAAUUAUUUUGAUUGAUUUCUUUACUCUUUUAUCGUAUGUUGUCAUGAGGCUUUCUAGGAUUUAUUUGUAGCCUUUGUUUGGUUGAUUUCUUUACAUUUUUUUUUAUCGUAUGUUGUCAUGAGGCUUUCUAGGAUUUAAUUGUAGCCUUUGUUUGGUUGAUUUCUUUACAUUUUUUUUUAUCGUAUGUUGUCAUGAGGCUUUCUAGGAUUUAUUUGUAGCCUUUGUUAGGUUGAUUUCUUUACUUUUUUUAUCAUAUGUACUGGUGAGGCUUUUUAGGAUUUCUUUGUAGCCUUUGUUUGAUUGAUUUCUUUACUUUUUUUAUCGUAUGUUGUCAUGAGGCUUUCUAGGAUUUCUUUAUUGCCUUUGUUAAGUUGAUUUCUUUAAUUUUUUUUUAUCAUAUGUUGCCAUGAGGCUUUUUAGGAUUUCUUUGUAGCCUUUGUUAGGUUGAUUUCUUUACUUUUUUUAUCAUAUGUACUGGUGAGGCUUUUUAGCAUUUCUUUGUAGCCUUUGUUAGGUUGAUUUCUUUACUUUUUUUAUCAUAUGUACUGGUGAGGCUUUUUAGCAUUUCUUUGUAGCCUUUACUCUCCUUUCUUUGCCAAGGAGGAAGUCUGCCGGAAGGUGAUUUCUUUGUUAUGUGUAUCGGGAGGCUCAAAGCAACGGCUGAAAAUAGGAACUUGUAUAAAGGAGGAAGGCAAAGGAGAAAAAAACAAUUAACUAACAGGCAGCAUACGCCAGGGGGCACGUUGCUUCACUCACCCGCCGUUUCCACCCUCGACGUUCCCUCCGAGCAAGUCCCCCAUGCAAUUAGUGCCAUUUAAUUAAUUAUGGGAGCUAGUAAACAUAUGAUGGAAAGCAGUAUAAUUAGACAGUUUUGGGACACAUGAGACAUUAAAAGGAAAGUGUAUUUUCAGCAAUAGGAAUUUACAUAUCAGUAAUAGGAUAAAAAAUUGACUUACACAGCCAGACUCAACCUAAAAAUGAUCAGGUGCUGCCUCUCGUAAGAAGAAUUAAUGAAUGCAGGUAAGUUUAUGUAUCUGAUCAGGAAUAGUGAUUUUUUUUUUUUAUUUUAACUUUGAAUGCAGGUAAUUUUAUGUAUGUGAUCAGGAAUAGUGAUUUUUUUUAUUUUAACUUUGAAUGCAGGUAAUUUUUUGUAUCUCGUCAGGAAUAGUAAUUUUUUAUUUUAACUUUGAAUCCAGAUAAUUUUAUGUAUCUGAUCAGGAAUAAUGAUUUUUUAUUUUAACUUUGACUACUUCGUGGGUUAAGGUUUGCGUGCUUUCAUGAACGUUGGCGAGGAAACGGAGUAGCUGUGUAGACGACUUAUUUACAAAGCUUUAUUUGAACUAGGAUCGCUUAUUGUGCCAUAACGCAAGGGAUCGUGGAAUAAUCGGGACACUGCCUCUCUCUCUCUCUCUCUCUCUCUCUCUCUCUCUCUCUCUCUCUUGCUCUCGCUCUCAUCUCUCAUUAUAUAUUUUCUUUUGGUUGUACGGUUAGAUAUUUAUUUUGUGUGUGUGUGUGUGUGUGUGUGUGUGUGUGUGUGUGUGUGUAGAGGGGCAAUAAAAAUAAAAAUACUUAAGCGUGAAAAAUAAGAAGCAGUUUUAAUAAUAAUGUACAGAGUUGAAGUCAAACAAAACCACGGAGAGGGGGGCACGGUACAGCCAGUGAGAUGUUAUAAAUCCUAAGAACCCUCUCAUUUGUUAUUGUGCAUGUUGAUAUAUUGUCACCAUUACUAGUUACUUUAUGACCGUACUAACUGACCUCACUCUAAUGUGCGUGGUGAUGAUGGUGGUGGUGGUGGUGGUGGUGAGUGUGCUGGUUGUGAUGUGUGGUGGAGAAAAUAAUGUGUAUAUAUGUACUGUGAAUGCUGACUGUUUUGAUAUACAUACCUGUACAUACAUAUAUACAUACAUACAUACAUACAUAGGGCAUUAUAACAGUGGAGAGGCACAGGACACACACACACACUCACUCACUCACUCACUCACUCACACACACACACACACACACAGGAAAAGUUGGACAAAUACAGAUAUGGAGACGGGACCACAUGAACGUAAGCCCAGGCCCCAUAAAGCUACAACUAGGUAAAUAUAACUAGGUAAACACACACACACACACACACACACACACACACACACACACACACACACA